CUAAUAUCUGGGGUGCAGGGUUGCUCAUGUUCAAUGCCUUGAGUUUAUACUGGGCGAGCGAUGAUGAGUGGGAGCCACGAGUGUGCCAAAUAAAAAUGCCAGACGGAUCGACCAAAGGCCUCAACACAUGGGCUCCAUAUUUAGUUGGCACCCCAAUAUAUCCUGAAUUCGCACCAUAUAGUGAAACGCUGCGUACAUUGAUAGCACGAUGUAUGGCACAUCAUCGUCAAGAUCGGCCGUCGUUAAAGGAACUCCUCGAUACUAUCGAGCAGGCCAUCGCUCAAGGGGAUACUGCGGCUGAUGAAGCGCAGAGGAAAUGGAACGAAGAGAAACGCAAAAACCCUAACGCACAGAAAUCUCCUGUAGAUAUUAGGAAACCGCCUAGUGUUGAAGAUGAUGAUUUAUUGCGUAGAUUCUUCCAGGAUUAUUUCCGUGAUCCUCCUAUACGAGAAGAUCCGUAUACAGAUCAUUGGGGUUGACUAGAACAACGAGAUAGGAGUUAAAGAAUUAUGGAAGACCAUGAAUGGUCAAUAAUUAUUUAAACCUUCAGGAUUUUUAUAUAGUAAUUAUUAUAAUCGUAUAUACCCAAGUACCUAGGUAAUUAACAUAGCAAAUCUUCUCGAUCGUGAAAUAGGGGUCUUGCAUAAGAGUUUUA